GUCAUAACUCAUAAAUGAAACCAAUGGUAGGCUCAGACUGGUGGUGGUUGGCGGUGGUGAUCUUGGUGGUGUCAGUAUCAGAACCGGCGUUUUCCGACCCACAAACCACCCAACUAAACAAGGGUUGCAGCCAGUACAAUGUUACCGAUGUACCAGGUUUUUUCAGGCGACUCAACGCCAGCUUUGCUGAUCUCAGAAGCCAGUUAUCCGCCGCCGGCGGCAACAAACGCUUCGCCACCACUCAGCAGCCUGCCUACGUAAUGGUACAGUGCAGAAACUACCUCUCCACUGCGGACUGCGUCGCCUGUUACGACGCCGCGGUGUCGGCCAUCCGAAGCUGCAACGCCGCCAACGGUGGUCGUGUCAUAUUUGACGGCUGCUUCCUCAGGUACGAGAGCAAUAACUUCUAUGACCAGACUACCCUACCAGGAAACGUAGAAAUUUGCGGCAACCGAACUGCCCGCCAACAACAUGCUUUCAACGCAUCAGUAGACCAACUACUAAAUGAGCUUCUACUAGCCACGCCCAGAAUUAAUGGCUUCUACGCCGCCGCAAAAAAGGAGGAAUCUCGUGGUGGUGCCACCACCUAUGCGGUGGCGCAAUGCGCUGAAACCGUCAGUGAAAGCGGCUGUCAGGAUUGUUUGGCAGUAGCUUACAAGAACAUUCAGGGUUGUUUGCCUAAAUUUGCAGAUGGAAGAGCAAUUGAUGCUGGGUGUUUCUUGAGAUACUCAGACACUGCUUUUUUUGCUGAUAACCAGACAACUGACAUAACACCCUUCCUAGGUGGAGGGAGUUCAUCAUCAGGGAAGAAGAAAGCUAUUAUUGGGGGUGUAGUUGGAGGUGUAGGACUUAUUUUGGUAUUAGGAGCCAUUUUCCUUUUGUAUCAACGAUCAAGGAAGCCAAAGGCAGUUAAAAGAGCCAAUAUUUUGGGGGCAACUGAGCUGAGAGGGCCAGAGCCUUACAGAUAUAAAGAUUUGAAAGCUGCAACAAAAGAUUUCAGUGAUGAAACUAAACUGGGAGAAGGAGGUUUUGGUGAUGUAUAUAAAGGCACGCUAAAGAAUGGGGAUGUGGUCGCGGUGAAGAAACUGGCAACGAUUUCCAGUAGAGCAAAGGCAGACUUUGAGAGUGAAGUUAGGCUUAUUACAAAUGUCCAUCAUCGCAAUCUCAUUCGUCUAUUGGGAUGUUCUGCCAAAGGAGAAGAGCUGCUACUGGUUUAUGAAUACAUGGCAAAUGGCAGCCUUGACAAAUACAUAUAUGGAGAAAAACGAGGGAUGCUGAAUUGGAAGCAAAGAUUUGAUAUAAUAUUUGGUAUAGCUAGGGGUCUUGCCUAUCUGCAUGAUCAGUUCCAUGUAUGCAUCAUACACAGAGACAUUAAAUCCAGUAAUAUACUACUCGAUGAUGACUUUCAACCCAAAAUAGCUGAUUUUGGUUUGGCAAGACUUUUACCUGAGAAUCAGAGCCAUCUUAGUACUAAAUUUGCAGGAACUUUGGGAUAUACAGCGCCAGAAUAUGCAAUCGGUGGUCAUUUGUCAGAGAAAGUUGACACCUACAGUUUUGGCAUUGUAGCCAUGGAGAUUGUUAGUGGACGAAGGAGCAGCGACAUACAACUCGAGCCUGUAACUGAGUAUCUCCUUGAACAGGCCUGGAAACUGUACGAGAAUAAUGAACAUCUAGAACUGGUGGAUGAGAGUUUAGACCCCAACGAGUAUAAACCAGAAGAGGUGAAGAGAAUACUGGAGAUUGCAUUGAAGUGCACCCAAUCACCAUCGAAUCUAAGGCCGAGCAUGUCAGAAGUGGUGGUCAUGCUUUCAAGUGACGGCUCAAUCAUGCAGAAGCCCCCAAGCAGGCCAACCAUCAUUGAUUUCGAGAAGAGGGUACCUGUAGACACAUCAACAACUACAGCAUCUUCCGCUUCCAAUGCCACUGCUACGUUUUCUGAGUUCACAGGUCGCUAGGCUAGGUUUGGCUUGGCUUUGCUUGUUAUGAAAUCUCUAUCUCUUUUAAUGUUGCUUGUUUGUGAAGAUACUGGGUUCAGGUUUGUAAAUUGUAAAUGUUAUGCAAAAGCAUACAACAAUUAGUCAAGGAG